CACCAUGUCCAAGAAGGGCGUGGGCAGCCGAGCCAAGGGGGACAAGGCCGAGGUCCUUGCCGCGCUGCAGGCCGCCAACGAGGAGCUGCGGGCCAAGCUCACGGACAUCCAGAUUGAGCUGCAGCAGGAGAAGAGCAAGGUCAGCCGGGUGGAGAGAGAGAAGAACCAGGAGCUGAAGCAGGUGCGCGAGCACGAGCAGCACAAGAACGCGGUCCUGCUCACGGAGCUGAAGAGCAAGCUGCACGAGGAGAAGAUGAAGGAGCUGCAGGCCGUGCGCGAGACGCUGCUGCGCCAGCACGAGGCCGAGCUGCUGCGCGUCAUCAAGAUCAAGGACAACGAGAACCAGCGGCUGCAGGCGCUGCUGCACGCCCUGCGCGACGGCGGCCCCGAAAAGGUCAAGACCGGGCUGCUGUCCGAGGCCAAGGAGGAGGCCAAGAAGGGGUUCGAGGUGGAGAAGGUGAAAAUGCAGCAGGAGAUCUUGGAGCUCAAGGGGGCCAAGCGGCAGGUGGAGGAGGCGCUGACUAUGGUCAUGCAGGCCGACAAGAUCAAGGCCGCGGAGAUCCGGAGCGUGUACCACCUGCACCAGGAGGAGAUCUCCCGCAUCAAGAAGGAGUGUGAGCGUGAGAUCCGCAGGCUGAUGGAGGAGAUAAAAUUUAAGGACAGAGCAGUCUUCGUGCUGGAGAGAGAGUUAGGGAUUCAAGCCGGGCAUGCGCAGAGACUGCAGCUCCAAAAAGAGGCUCUAGAUGAGCAGCUGUCCCAGGUCAAAGAGGCUGAUCGGCACCUGGGCAGCCCCAGACGGGAACUUCCUUAUGCAAGCGGUGCAGGAGACGCCUCAGACCACUCGGGAAGCCCUGAACAGCAGUUGGAUGAAAAGGAUGCCCGGCGUUUCCAACUUAAAAUCGCAGAGCUAAGCGCCAUCAUUCGGAAACUCGAGGACCGGAACGCCUUGCUGUCGGAAGAGAGGAAUGAGCUGCUAAAGCGUUUAAGAGAAGCUGAAAGCCAGUAUAAGCCGCUGCUGGAUAAAAACAAGCGCCUCACUCGGAAAAACGAGAGCCUGUCUCACACGCUGCGUCGGAUGGAAAACAAGUUAAAAUUUGUCACUCAGGAGAACAUAGAAAUGAGACAAAGAGCCGGGAUCAUAAGGAGACCCAGUUCCUUAAACGACCUGGAUCAGAGUCAAGAUGAGAGAGAAAUCGACUUCUUGAAACUCCAAAUUGUGGAGCAGCAGAACCUCAUAGACGAGCUGUCCAAGACCCUGGAAACAGCCGGCUACGUGAAGAGCGUGCUAGAGCGUGACAAGCUUUUGAGAUUUCGGAAACAGAGGAAGAAGAUGGCCAAGCUGCCCAAGGUCAGUGAGAGGAUGUGGGGCAUGGCCAAAGAGGAGACGGAGCUGCGGUUCCGGCAGCUGACCAUGGAGUACCAGGCCCUGCAGCGCGCGUACGCCUUGCUGCAGGAGCAGGUCGGAGGGACGCUGGACGCAGAGCGAGAAGUUAAGACCCGUGAGCAGCUGCAAGCAGAAGUGCAGAGAGCGCAGACACAGAUAGAGGACCUGGAGAAGGCCCUGGCCGAGGAGGGCCAGGACAUGAAGUGGAUCGGAGAGAAGCAAGCCCUGUACCGGAGAAACCAAGAGCUUGUGGAAAAGAUUAAGCAAAUGGAGACGCAAGAGGCUCGGUUAAAACACGAGGUCCAGGAUGUGAAAGACCAGAACGAGCUGCUGGAAUUCCGGAUCCUGGAACUGGAGGAGAGGGAGAGGAAGUCACCCGCCAUCAACUUCCACCACAUCCCCUUCGUGGAUGGCAAGAGCCCCCUGCAAGCGUACUGUGAGGCGGAAGGCGUGACGGACAUCCAGGUCACAGAGCUGAUGAAGAAGCUGGACAUCUUGGGGGACAACGCCAAUCUGACCAAUGAAGAGCAAGUGGUUGUCAUACAAGCCAGGACAGUCCUGACCUUGGCUGAAAAGUGGCUCCAGCAGAUGGAAGAGAUGGAGACAGCCCUGCAGCGGAAGAUGGUCGACCUGGAGAGUGAGAAGGAGCUGUUCAGUAAGCAGAAGGGCUACCUGGACGAGGAGCUGGACUACAGGAAGCAGGCCUUGGACCAGGCUCACAAGCACAUCCUGGAGCUGGAGGCCAUGCUGUUCGACGCCCUGCAGCAGGAGGCGGGGGCCAAGGUGGCCGAGCUGCUGUCAGAGGAGGAGCGGGAGAAGCUCAGGGUGGCCGUGGAGCAGUGGAAGCGCCAGGUCAUGAGCGAGCUGCGCGAGCGGGACGCCCAGAUCCUGCGGGAGCGCAUGGAGCUCCUGCAGCUGGCACAGCAGAGAAUUAAAGAGUUAGAAGAAAGAAUAGAGGCUCAGAAGAGACAAAUAAAGGAACUGGAGGAAAAGUUUCUAUUUUUGUUCUUAUUUUUCUCCUUAGCUUUCAUUCUGUGGUCAUAGCUCGCCCGGGCACCCUGACGUGCCCCCAGAGGAGCCAGACCCCGUCCCUCUGGCUGGACUAGACGGCAGCGGGUGCCGGGGUGGCCAAUGGAGACCGCCUG